CAGGGCAGAGCGCGGGUAGAUCUUGGGCCGGGUGGUAGCAGUCGCAGAGCGGCGCGGUGGCGGUGGUGCCGGCGGCAACAGGAAGCAGGCAGCAGGCAUGACCAUGGCAGCGGCGGUGGUGGUGGCCCGCGGGGCCGGAGCGAGGGCGGCGACAGCGGCGACUCUGCGGGGUGGCUGCGGGACCGCGGCUCGGGGGCGGCCGUGUGUGGGCCCCGCCCGGCCCUUGUGCACCGCACCGGGGACCGCCCCAGACAUGAAGCGCUACCUGUGGGAGCGCUACCGGGAGGCGAAGAGAAGCACUGAAGAAUUGGUUCCUUCCAUUAUGAGCAACUUGUUGAAUCCAGAUGCCAUUUUCUCAAACAAUGAAAUGAGCCUGUCAGACAUUGAAAUCUAUGGCUUCGAUUAUGAUUACACCUUGGUGUUUUAUUCAAAGCACCUCCACACGCUGAUAUUUAAUGCUGCACGGGACCUUCUCAUCAAUGAACACCGGUAUCCAGCAGAAAUCAGGAAGUAUGAGUACGACCCAAAUUUUGCAAUUCGUGGACUUCAUUAUGAUGUGCAGCGGGCAGUAUUAAUGAAGAUUGAUGCUUUUCAUUAUAUCCAGCUGGGAACUGUCUACAGAGGCCUCAGUGUUGUCCCUGAUGAAGAAGUCAUUGAAAUGUACGAGGGGUCCCAUGUGCCUUUGGAGCAGAUGAGCGACUUCUACGGAAAGAGCUCUCAUGGAAACACGAUGAAGCAGUUCAUGGACAUCUUCUCCCUGCCCGAGAUGACCCUCCUGUCCUGUGUGAAUGAAUACUUCCUCAAGAACAACAUCGACUAUGAGCCUGUGCAUCUCUACAAAGAUGUCAAGGAUGCAAUUCGAGACGUCCACAUCAAAGGAAUAAUGUACAGAGCGAUUGAAGCGGACAUUGAAAAGUACAUCUGCUAUGCUGAGCAGACCCGUGCAGUGUUGGCCAAACUGGCUGAUCAUGGCAAGAAGAUGUUUCUCAUCACCAAUAGCCCCAGUAGCUUUGUGGACAAAGGGAUGAGUUAUAUCGUUGGGAAAGACUGGAGGGACCUGUUCGAUGUGGUCAUUGUUCAGGCGGAGAAGCCAAACUUCUUUAAUGAUAAGCGGAGGCCUUUCCGAAAGAUGAAUGAGAAAGGUGUCUUACUCUGGGAUAAAAUCCAUAAGUUACAGAAAGGCCAGAUUUACAAGCAGGGUAAUUUAUAUGAAUUUUUGAAGCUUACUGGAUGGAGAGGAUCCAGAGUGUUGUAUUUUGGUGACCAUAUAUACAGUGACCUGGCGGAUUUGACCCUAAAGCAUGGCUGGAGGACUGGUGCAAUUAUCCCAGAGUUGAGAUCUGAACUGAAAAUCAUGAACACGGAGCAAUACAUUCAAACCAUGACCUGGCUGCAGACCUUGACUGGGUUAUUGGAACAGAUGCAGGUUCACAGAGAUGCUGAGUCACAGCUGGUUUUGCAGGAGUGGAAAAAGGAAAGGAAGGAGAUGAGAGAAAUGACCAAGAGUUUCUUCAACGCCCAGUUUGGAAGCCUGUUCCGCACAGACCAGAACCCAACCUACUUCCUGAGGCGCCUGUCACGCUUCGCUGACAUCUACAUGGCGUCUCUGAGCUGCCUCCUGAACUAUGACGUCAGCCACACUUUCUACCCCCGGAGGACUCCACUGCAGCACGAACUGCCCGCCUGGUCAGAAAGGCCCCCCACCUUCAGAACCCCUCUCCUGCAGGAGGCCCAGGCCAAGUAGCCGAGGGCAAAAGCUAGAAACUGUAACUGCCCCUGAUUGGGCAGGCAUGAUGGGCUCGACGUCAUGUGGGUCUGAGUGUUGCUUUUGGAAAAGAUACAGAUAAGCCUUUUGAUAUUUA